AUGUUCUUGGUUCUAUUAUUUCCUUGCUAUGGAACUGGUCGCGGCCUCAUCACGAUAUACCAACGGGCAAGCUUCUACAAAGACCCGUUGCAGCAGGCGCUGAAGGCCCAAGCGUUGGUUAUGGUGAUUCGGGAUCAGGGAUGGAAGCCGCAGGUUGGAGAUUCCAUACGUUCGCUCUCUUUGUAUCCCCCCAAGGAGGUUCAAAGUACACGUGCACAAUUGGAUUACGACUACUAUAGAGCCGCCCUCAGCAAGAGUUGGAUAGAAGACCAUGUGGAAAAGAUCAAGGGCUACGCAGGGCCGUUCAAGCUAGUCACCGCAAUUCCUCCGUGGCUGACCAUGCAUUAUGGAUUGAGCAACCAGCACAUCAGUGUGAAAAGAGGCUAUCACAUCUCUGGAGCAUGCGACCUGCCGGAGGGAUAUCAACUGGCUUACGUCCCGCCUAAUGCGCAGGUGGAGCAUAUCAUGCCAGAGAUCGCACUGCGCCGCAUCCUCCAAUCAUCAUAUAGCCUAGCUUCUGGUGUCAUCUCCAUUGUUCAGAUCUUCUCCGCUUGUUCUGCUCUGUAUCAAUCCAGAGGCCAUCAAAUCACAGCCUAUGGAUACGCGGCGUUUGGAUUUACGGUUACACCGUAUUUGGUGAUGUCUUUUCUGAAUUUGCUCGCCAAUUGUUUCAACCCCAGUUUUCCAAACCUCUACCUUGUUCAUACAGAGGUCAUGGAUGAGGCAAUAAGCCGUGGCGGCCAUUUCACUGAUAUUGUUGGCAAAUUAGAAAGCGAGCCGCUUGUUGCUGAGGAUUUGACCGUGUUUAGUGCUUCCUUUAAGCAGCGUGAUGACCAGCUUUCAUGCCAAAUCGCAAAUCAAAUGUUCCACCAUGGGAGCACGGAGCCAAUUCUCGUCAGCACUACAGAUGAUGACAGUCCGGAAAAGGACGCGAAGCAUUCUGUCAGUGAGACGACAGGUAGCUGGGCUUCAGCGGCUGGUCCUCUGAAGAGCACUUCAUUUCCAGACAAGGAAAUAGCACAGAAGCAAGCAGUGGCAGGCGAACAGGACUGCAGGCAUGAACAGCCUCAAUAUUCAAGGUAG